AUGUAUAUGGAGCGAGAGUGGACAGUUGUUGAGCAAUUAGUUCUGGUAGAGUCAAUUGAUUAUUAUUUUCCACAUGAUUAUCGAGAAUGGAGAUUAGUUAGUGAGUUAGUAAUAAAGACAAUGUCUUAUUUUAGCCAUGUUAACGUUAAAUUAUAUAGUCCAGAUGAGUGUUUUAGUCAGUGGACAGUAAUUGAAAAGAAGUAUUUGGAUAAAGUUCCACCUGAAUGUUCUUUAUUAAAGUCAAUCAUCCUUAUUCUUAGAAACAAAAGAAUAGAAGAACUUGAUAUAGAAAUCCAAGUUGUUAAACAACGUCUUCUUCAUUUCAAACAAAUGUCUUAA